AUGAGUUCCACGUAUGGCUGGCUCACUGAAAGCACUUUGCCUAUUGAACGACCUGUUCCUCUGCGUGGAGUUUCACAAGAGUCACAACUAGCGUUAUCAUCCAUAGUUAGGAAACACCAGGAAUACCAGAGAAAGCAGCUGGGCGAGCAACGGGCCCUCUUCGCCCAAGCAGCAAAAGAAGGGAAGCUCUUCACUCACGACGCUGACUGUGCUCGCAGAUGGACCCGUCCAACCAGGAAGGCACUGGAUUGGUUUGGGAGGCAAUUAGCGGGCAGGAACGACGGUGUCGGUUUGAGGAGUGCCGCUGAUGAGGUGGCCAGUAACCGCCGCAUUGAAGUUCUCAGCGACGUUGGUCGUCACCUUGAAAAGAAAGCCAAGCUUUACGAUCGUUUAGUUGGAGGCUUCACACCAAACACCUCAGCGUUGCAGCUUCUACAGCUAAGCCAAAAGCGUCGCAUCGAUCAAGGUCAGAAGUAUGUAGCGGAGCAAUGUGGCCCCCCUCUAUCAACUGAGGCCCUCUCAGAGCUUUUGAAUAUAACCGAGUAA